CUAAACAAGUUUAUUUAAAGCCAGUCAAGACCUUCAUUGCUCUGUAUUUUCAAGCCAGUCAGGACCUUUCUUCUUUUCCUUGUAAUGCACUGUUCUUCAUAUUAGCUUCAAUUUCAGAUUUUAACAUAGGGGUUUGCGGAAGAGUCCAUGACAAAUGACAAAGAACUCUUCAUAUUAACCUCUUCUUCCAAACAGAUUUUAACAUAUGGGUCUGCGGAAGAGUCCAUGACAGAUGACAAAGAACUCUUCAUUUUAACCUCUUCUUCCAGCUUUAGAUUUAUGGCCGUAGAAGAGGGCAGAACAUUUCUAACAACUAUAGAUAUCUCUUAUAUCAACAUCCAAUUUCAGAUUUUAACAUAUUGGUCUACAGAAGAGUGCAUGAUAGAGCUAACAAAUAACAAAGAACUCUUCAUAUUAGCCUCUAAUUCCGCUUUGGAUUUUUGGCCUGUAGAAGAGGGCAGAACAUUUCCAAUAACUAUAGAUAUCUCUUAUAUCAACCUCCAAUUUCAGGUUUGAACAUAUGGAUCUGCAGAAGAGAGCUAACCACGACCAACAAAUAAAGAGCUAUUCAUCAUAUUUUUCCCCAACUCCAG